GACGGCCGCUCCUGGCCAAGGUGACCCGACACCUGCGUUUAGGGGUGUCGCCCUGGCUCCUGGGACGCCGCCUCCGGAGAUUUAAGAGAGCUGGGAGAGGUCGAGCACUUGGGGCGGACGAGGAAGCCAAGAGCUCAGGCGACCGGCGGAAAGGGGCAGGGAGCGCAGCAGGUCACCUGGAAGAAGCCAGAUACCUCCUCAUGCUGCUGACACAGCCAGGAUGGCAUUGAAUUCAGGGUCGCCUCCAGGAAUUGGACCUUACUAUGAGAACCAUGGGUAUCAGUCUGAGCACAUCUAUUCCCCGAGGCCACCUGUGGCUCCCAGUGGCUACAGCCUGUAUCCAGCCCAGUGCUACCCAUCUCCAGUGCCCCAGUAUGCCCCGAGGGUUACAACGCAAGCCUCAACACCUGUCAUCCACACAGAGCCCGAGUCCUCAGGGAUACUGUGCACCUCAAAGACUAAGAGAUCACUGUGUGUCGCCCUUGCCGUGGGCACUGUCCUCGCAGGUGCUGCUGUGGCUGCUGUUGUGCUUUGGAGGUUCUGGGCUAGCAAGUGCUCUACGUCUGAGAUGGAGUGUGGGUUGUCAGGCAUCUGCAUCAGCCCCUCUCUCUGGUGUGACGGGACAUCGCAUUGCCCCAAUGGGGAAGACGAGAACCGGUGUGUUUGUCUCUAUGGACCAAGCUUCACCCUUCAGGUUUACUCAUCUCAGAGGAAAGCUUGGUAUCCCGUGUGCCAGGAUGAUUGGAAUGAGAGCUACGGGAGAGCAGCAUGUAAAGACAUGGGAUACAAGAACAGUUUUCAUUCUAGCAAAGGGAUACGAGACAGCAGUGGGGCAACGAGCUUUAUGAAGUUGAAUGUGAGCGCCGGCAGCAUCGACCUCUAUAGAAAACUCUACCACAGUGACUCCUGUUCAUCCGGUAUGGUGGUUUCCUUGCGCUGCAUAGAUUGUGGGAUUCGCUCAGUGAGACGUCAGAGCAGGAUUGUGGGUGGAUCCAUUGCAUCACUUGGAGACUGGCCCUGGCAGGUCAGCCUGCACGUUGAAGGCGUCCAUGUCUGCGGAGGCUCCAUCAUCACCCCUGAGUGGAUUGUGACAGCUGCCCACUGUGUGGAAGAACCCCUCAGCAGCCCAAGGUACUGGACAGCAUUCGUGGGAAUUUUAAGACAGAGUCUCAUGUUCUAUGGAAGUAGACACCAGGUAGAAAAAGUGAUUUCCCAUCCAGAUUACGACUCUAAGACCAAGAAUAAUGACAUCGCUCUCUUGAAGCUGCAGACGCCUCUAGCGUUUAAUGAUGUGGUGAAGCCAGUGUGUCUGCCAAACCCAGGAAUGAUGCUGGACCUAGCCCAGGAGUGCUGGAUUUCAGGGUGGGGGGCGACCUAUGAGAAAGGAAAGACCUCGGACGUGCUGAAUGCUGCCAUGGUACCCUUGAUCGAACCCUCCAAAUGUAAUAGUAAAUACGUAUACAACAAUCUUAUCACACCAGCCAUGAUCUGUGCCGGCUUCCUGCAGGGCUCUGUCGACUCUUGUCAGGGAGACAGUGGAGGGCCGCUGGUUACUUUGAAGAAUGGCAUCUGGUGGCUGAUUGGUGACACGAGCUGGGGCUCAGGAUGUGCCAAGGCAUACAGACCUGGAGUAUACGGGAACGUGACAGUAUUUACAGACUGGAUCUAUCAACAAAUGAGGGCGAACAGCUAAUCCACGUGGCCUUUGUCCCUGACUGCCUUUGUCUUCGACAUCCUUCUGCAAGAAAACCAAGGGGAUGAUUUUUAACUCCCUGAACAAUGUACCUUUUGAGAUGAUUCAAAGGGCCUUUUACUUUUAUUAAACAGUGACUUUCUGUGCUCGCUGAUCCUGUGCGGGCUUCAGUGCCCCACCCCCAGGCCACUUCUGCAGCUCCCAUCAGUCUGGAUACUGAUGGGUUUGGGCACACAGGGCCAAGUGCAGAGGAGGGUGGCAUUCUCGUAGGAUUCCUUUUUGGCUCACACUCAGGCCUCUUUUGGAUGAGUAAGGACUAUGACCUCUGAGUAGCCUGAUGGCCUGAGAAAGAGUAGGGAGGCCAGGGGCCCAGGGACAGACACCCUGAGAGAGAGCUACCUCUCCCUAGCCUGUGGCCCAGAUCUCCUGUGCAGUUUGGGCUGGUCAUGCUAUGAUGAUUUCAUUAACAGCCUGGGUGAACAUGGCCAGGAGUAAAGGGCUUGCUCUCCUGCAUGUUGACAUGACACCCUCUUCCAAGUGUGACAGAGCCUUUGCCAGGCUGAGGGCCUAAGCGGAACCCUCAGAACAAGAAGCUAAUGAUGGCAUGUUCUUGGCUACCUGUCUCUUGGGUGAGCUCUACACAGUGUGGUUAAUUCUGUUUUUUGGCUCCCCACUAUUGUUUCUCUCAGCCUCUCAGAGCCUGAAACUCACUUCUUAGCCUUAGCAACAGGAAAAGUCUGGUAGCUGAUGGAGCCUGCAUUUUUUGGUUAGACAUCUAGAGGCUGAGUCCAUCAGAAUCAGGGGCACUGAUUCCAUUCACCUUGCUUCUGGGUCAUGUUUCUUCUCUUACUACCUCACUGAACCUGGAGCACUAGCCUGGAUGAAUGUCUGGAAUUCAGAGCUCAGCUUCAUUUGGACUGUGUGAUUGUGCCUCAGACAUUAGACCUCCUCCAGAUGGUUAGGUUGCUCUGUAGACUGGGGAUGGGGUUACAAUUUCCAAGCUUGGGGCAAAGAUGAAAAAGAAGAGGUCAUUGUUCUCUGUCCUCUCUAGCCCUGGGAAUACCAUGCCAGAAUUACCAAAUAUGAAGAAUGAAAUGUCUUACCUGUGGUGAUGCUCAGCCUCCUUCCCUCUGUCUGGUUCUCCAGAAGGCGUGGAUGGGUCAUGGCUGAGACUCUAUCUUUACUGGGGAGGGUCUCCUACUCAGGGAGGGGUUGCAUUCCAUGUGCAGAAAAUUCCCUCAUGCUUCCUCUGGGAGCAGCACCCUAGGGACCUUCUCAGAUGCAAUGCUGUACGGUACCUACUUUCAGAGUAAAUGUGCAAGCACCUUGAGGUGUGAGAACAUGUCCUCUCCUCAGCUCUCCUGUCUGUGCUGUUGUUUGUUUGUUUGUUUUUUUUCCUGCUUUGUGUCUGAACUGUGAGAUUCCACUGUGAAAUAUAUGAAUAAAGUAUAUAAUUUUUUUCUUUA